GCCGCGCGUCGCUCUCACCCUCCGGACUCCUUUUUCCCGCUCCCCAUUCAUGCAGUUUGGUUGAGUGUUGGUGUAUUUUUUACUGUUUUGCAAUAAAAGAAUUAGAAGGGGGAUUCGUGGAUGUUAUAUAUAUAUAUCUAUAUUUUUAGAUAGCAAAACAUUUUUUCUAUUUUUUAUUUUUGAGCCAAACAAAAAAACAAAACAAAACUGCAAAUUGCUGGGGAUUGAUUUGCACCGCUGCAAUUGAUUGAAACUCUUGGAACAGUUGGGGGCCAAAGGAGAGGAGCCAAUUCGGAAUUUUUUUUUGGUAUUGUUGUUGUUUCUCUUUGAAGCAAAACUUGGCAAAGGAUUGCAAUUCUUGAUCUUUUUUAAUUAUUAUUAUUUUUGCAAGGAAAGAAUAAUUGGCACCUAUUUUUAUUUUAUUUUAUUUUUUGCAAAGAAAGCAACUCUUUCCCCAGGUCUCAUUAUGCCCAAGAGAAAGGCUGCAGCUGAAGGUGAGGUAAAGGAGGAGCCAAAGAGACGAUCAGCCAGACUGUCUGCUAAACCUGCUCCGCCGAAGCCAGAGCCAAAACCCAAAAAGGCCGCACCGAAGAAAGAAAAAGGAGCAAAUGAUAAGAAAGAGGACAAAAAGGUAGCAGCAAAAGGGAAGAAGGGGGCCAAAGGAAAAGAGGAAACUAAGCAAGAGGACGCUAAAGAAGAAAACCACUCUGAGAAUGGAGAUACCAAAACCAACGAGGCGCCAGCCGACGAAGUAACUGAUGACAAGGAAGCCAAGUCCGAGUAACCAGCUUAGCUCUCUACAUUUCCAUCAUUUGGUAUCCGUACCUCCAUACUGUAUUGUUAAGAGAGGAAUAUUUUUAUCAACUAUUUUAUAAAUGCAGGUUUUUUUAGCAUGAAUUUAAUUCUGGAACAUCUUCAUCUCGGCGACUUGGGACUUGAACCAACACAAGCAAAUCAUUGUUUUUAAAAAUUUUCUGUGAUUGUCAUAGUUUGUAUGGUACCUGGAAAGAAUCAGUGGUGGUAGCUAUUGACUUCUGUCAGUAUAUAAUCCCUUUUGUGUGUAAGUCAUACAGGCUGCAGAUUGUACUUUUCACCCUUGUUCUGUGUUGUACGUUUUUCUUAACGUGGGGAGGUCUCAAAAUAACAAAAAAAAUUAAUAAUAAUCACACACACAAAAUAAUUGCGUCAGACAUUCCGGUGGUUCUGUGGGUUGCUUUUAUAACGAAGGUGAGAUAUUUUCUUGAGAAAAAAAAAACUUAGAAGCUGGAAAUCUUGUUGUAUCCCAAAUGUAGUUUUAUUUUGUCACAUUUUGGAGAAUAAUAAUAAUAAAAAUAAAAAAGUGUAAUCGUGUUUUUAAAUGAAAUACAAAAAAAAAUCUUUAAAAAAAGAGAGACGGGCAAGUUAAUGGAAUAUACCCACUGUUAGGAAUUUUGCUGGAUUUAUCUUAAUAAAAAAAUGGACUCCUCAAAA